UUUUGUUUUUUUUUGCAUGUGCACAGCACCUCAUUACAGCACAAGGCUGAUGACACAGGUGAGCCUCAACACAUGUUUGAUUGCAGGACCUGGUGGGUGGAUUUGAACAGGCCACAGUUUAUUUAGAGCUGGAAGUGACAGGGCAGCUCAGCAAGGUUUCACAGGACAUUCACCAAGUGCAGCUGCAGCAGUCAUGGCUGCUGUCCUCCUGAUUUUAAGAUUAUUGGUCUUUUGGUUAUUAAGUGCUCUGACCUGCUCUCAUGUUUGGCCAAGAGUUGGGUAUGGGAACCGUCGCCCUCUUCACUAUGCCCGGACUCUGAGGCAGCCCAAAACAAACUUGCAGGCUUUUGGUCCCAUAAAGUGGCURAAACCUCCAGGUUUUAGAACUGGUCAGGGUCAAAACCAGAUGCACAAGCAAAUGAGUCCCCGUAGGCCACAAAUGUUCCCAGCCCAAACUACACAACAAAAAAGCUAUUUCACACCACAAAGAGAMCCAGUAGCUCGGCCUAAAAGCUUUCAGAUCAGCUUGGAUAUUCCUUUUGUCAACCCUGUGAAUCAAAACACUGAUUCUGUUGAAGGUUAUGAUUAUAAAAAUUACWUCACUGAAUCUGGAAAAAGGCCAAGUACAGUUGAAAAUGUGCAAAGUGGUUUUGAAGCUUCUCAGUUUGUUGAUCCUGAAAACAAAUAUUCUGCAAAGUACCCAUAUGAAGAAACUAACCAAGUUCCCAGCAUCGAAUUUAACUUAACCAUUCCCCUAUCAGUUACAUCUUUUAACCCUAGCAAGCCACUGAACAGAUACAAGGAACCAGAAAUGGAAAAACUUAGUUGGAGACGGACGGAACCAAAAUGGCCUGCUUUUAAUCAAAUACCACAGGAACCAACCCAACAGCAGACUGGAUCAAAAUGGCCAAGUUACAAUCAGGUAACACAGGAACCAACCCAAUAUGGGUCAAAAUGGCCAGGCUACAAUCAGGCAACACAGGAACCAGCCCAACAUGGGUCAAAAUGGCCAGGCUACAAUCAGGCAACACAGGAACCAACUCAACAUGGGUCAAAAUGGCCAGGCUACAAUCAGGCAACACAGGAACCAACCCAAUCGCAGAUUGCAUCAAAAUGGCCAGGCUACAAUCAGGCAACACAGGAACCAACCCAACAUGGGUCAAAAUGGCCAGGCUACAAUCAGGCAACACAGGAACCAACCCAAUCGCAGAUUGCAUCAAAAUGGCCAGGCUAUAAUCAGGCAGCACAGGAACCAACCCAACAGCAGACUGGAUCAAAAUGGCCAGACUACCAACUGGUAACACAGGAACCAAUCCAACAGCAGACUGCGUCAAAGGGCUACAAUUGGGUAGCACAGGAACCAACCCAACAGACAGGACAACAUUGGCCAGACCACCAUCCAGUAACACAGGAACCAAUGCAAAUACAGAUGGAACUGACAUGGCCUGACCACAGUCAGAUAGCAUCAGAGCCAACGCAACAGACUGAAUCAAAAUGGUCUCUCUUUAAUCAAGUGGACCCUGUACUUCAAACCCAGCAGACUUAUGAGCCUGUUUACAAAGAGACUAAAAAGCCUAACUUUUUAUCUUUGCUACUGAGCCAAAGUAGCAGUCCUCAGCAGGUUGGCAAUGAAAAUUCCCCCGAAAGUCUGAGUUGGGGCCUUCAAAGACCAGGUGAAACCAAACAUGCAUCUCCACCUUCUGUGCAACAUCAAGACUAUCUAGAUGUUCACAGACCACAAAUGAACCCCUCAAGAAAGGACAAGGAGCUUAUUCGACUGCCUGACAUUCCAAAACUGCAUUUAUCCCCAUUGCACUUCAACAGAUUUUUGAGUGGAGGUUCUGAUUUAGAUGAUAACGAUAUUGGUGCUGAUCCAAGCAAAUAUCAGAACAUGGGCAAAUAUAGGGGUACUAGUACAAAAGAUUUGACAGAGCAGCCCAGAAAAGAAAAGGGUACCCAAAUUUCCAUCCCAAACAUUAAACUGGGGUUUUCUAUCCCAAUUUUAUCAGAAGUGUCCAACGUUACUCAAAGUAACAACGGCUACUUGGUGAAUAUUAAACCAGACAAUACUGUUUACUUUACUCGGGAGUCAACAAAAUCCCAAUCAAAGUCACCCCAGAUUGCAAUGAAAUGGCCCAUCUUAAGUUUUGAACAGACCAAGAACCAAAAGCCACAAGAGGAACCUGAAAAGAAAUGGCCRCUUAUAAACCUUGAUUCUGUCUUCCAACAAACUAAACAGCUUAACGAGCCUGUUUACUCCAGACCUACUGAUGGCAAACUUACAAUUUCACCCUGGAACCCGAGCCGAACAGUUAACCAGGAUAAAACUCUGACUGGACAGAGCUGGGGAGUUCAAAAGGCAGAAACAAAUGAGCCUCAAUCUCCAGUCCAUUAUCUUUCAAACUAUCUCCAACUUUCCGACAUUAGACAACUCUUGAGAAAAGAUGAUAAAGAUCAAACUGUUCAACCUAAACCAACUCUGUCAGAAACAGGUGAAGGUUUACAAUACCCUUGGCUCAAACCUAGUGGCAGCACCUAUGCUCAAGGUCAAUCCAAAUAUCCAGGUAGUUCAUUAACGUUUGCUUCUAAACUAGACAAUCUCUUUAAACCAUCCAGUGUUCAUCAGGAGCACGUAGAAACAAAACACUCAAGUCCUCUCUACCCUCAAGGUGGUCAUGACCGGUCAUUUGAAUCUUCCCGGUUAGAUGCUGCACCGGCCUCUACAAAGCCCCAAAGGUGGCAAAAAGAAUCUUCCCCUCAUCUUUUUCAGUACAACAGUGGGCAAAAAGCAUCUGGAACAUCAGAAACGCCCCAUUUUCUGUCAACUAGAUAUCAACCUGAGAAGAAAAUUCCUGGACAAGAUUUUGAACACAACCAGGACAAAAGAGGCAAAUAUGGAAAACUCUUUACUGACACAGAUGGUAGAGAUGAUUUUUUACAUAGGCAGCGCUCCUUUCAGACUCCAAUGACUCAAAAAUACCCUGGCAAAUUCAGUGGAAAAAACUCUGCAGGAAUGACUUUGGAUUUACAAUCACCCUCGUGUGACUCAUCUUCUAGUUCCAGGGAGCAAGAUUCAGUCACAAACUGGAUUAACUCCAAUUACCCGUUCAAGGAACCCCAGUCGGGAGUAGGCAGAUGUCCAAAUAAACCUGAGAACUAUGAGCGGUCCUACAACGUUCCAGUCAAUUAUUCUCCAAGUGCACAGGUAACCGCUGUUUCUGUUCCCUCUGAGGCUUUUCAACCCGUUUUGUCUGGUUCAACUUCGCACGCCAUUCCAAGGGCCUUUCAUGUGAAACGGUACAAUGUUGGUCCAAAUCGGCAAUCUCUGAGGUCCAAGUAACCUGGAAGUCCCUGGCUGCUGCUCUCAGAAGUCUUUAUAAUGUUGUCCGAUUUAAAAACGAGCACUUCUCUUUACUUUCUGCUCCUGAACUGAUGUCKGUAGUUUCCAGCAUGGACUUUAAAAUGCAAACUUCUCCAAAUGUCAGUUUAAACRAAGUUUCCCUCUGAGACCACAGUCCUUUUGCUUUCAAACCAAACCCUAAAGUAUUUGAGUUUUCAAUCUCAAAAAAAGGGUGUUUGCAAAGUUUAUCCAGUAAUCUUGCUUGUUGCUAUCCUUCCCAGCCUGGUUUAACAGGGAGUCUUGUUUAAUAGCCCUGUCUACCUCAAAGUAUCACUCCUGUACUUGGAAUUUGGUGGAUUUCAUCUAAAUGAAGGGAAAAUGAAUCCCAGUACAAACCAGAAUAUAAAGAUUUUAUUGGAGRAUUGAGCCUGAGGAUGUGCAUUUUAGUUUGGAAACUUUUUUUUAAUCCACGUGUCAGCAGCUUUUAUUAUCUGAGGGCAAAAGUGGAGCAGCUCAGCUGGAACAGGGUGCAGGUUAACCAGCCUAACUGGAACGGUGAAAUGGUUUCUGAUGCAUUCUUUAUUAAAAGAAACAAAAUGUUCAAAA